UCCGCUGUGAUCUGAGCAGCAGGCCUGCGAUUCCACACACGGCUCCCUUCGCAGAUGGAAGAAAGCCCAGCUGCGCCACACCCGAGCCGGCGGCUGCCCGCGGGUUUCCUAUUACUUCGGGGCAUGACUCAACGCUGGUGUCUUCUCCUGGCCACCGGGGUGGGCGGUGCUCUCCCUCGCCUCUCCUUCCAUUGGCUGCCGGCGCUCGGCGCCCACUCCGCAUUGGCCGCCCUUCUCCUGGAGGCGGGUCUCCGAGCGAGCGCCACUCCGAGUCCCCUUUUUGGCUGCGGGGCUGCAAGUUGCGGGUCGCUUGUUUUGCAGCUGAAGCGGAGACGGCGAGGAAGGGAGCUCGCGGGAAACGGGGUCGCUCGCGCCAUCCUCUGAGGGGAGUGGGGGAGAAACAAGGAAAGGACCCGAGCAGGGAUUGGGAGCGCCGCGAAGUUCGCCUCAAGUCUCGGCGGGCGGCAGCAGCAGCAGCUGUCGACGGCGGCGGGACCAUGACGAGACUCGCCCUCCUGGUGCCUUUCGCCGCGCUGGUGCUGCUGGCGGGACGCGGCCGAGGACAAGAUUUUGACUUGGCAGAUGCAUUUGGCGAUCCUGAAGAUGUAACACAGAAGCCGGUUCCACCUAACAAAAAGCCAACACAACAUGAUGAUGAUGGCUUUAACUUGGAAGAUGCCUUUGUUGAUGACCCCAAGAAGCCAGAACCACCAGCACCACCUCAGCCAAAUCCUGGAAGUCAUGGCAAUACCGGUGAUUUUAGUGAUUUGGAUUUAAAUGAUGGUCAGGCACCCCCAGAUCCACCAAAAGGCCGUGCUUCUAAUCCUUCUUCAGGUGGCUCGGACUCUGGUGGCAAAGCAGAAGAAAAUCCAGGAAUGUUAGCUGGAAUUAUUAGCUCAGUACUUGUAGCAGUAGCUGGGGCUGUGUCAAGCUUUGUAGCCUACCAGAAGAAAAAGCUCUGCUUCAAAGCAAGUGAUGAAGAAAAUGUUAAUAUGCAAAGUCAACAAGGAGCACAUUCUGAACCACCUGUUCAACGCACACUUUUGCAGAAACAGUAGCAUCCUUUAAGAUUAAGCGAAGGCCAGAAAACUGGACAGAGAACCUGCGUAUUUCCCUGAAAAAAUACCACACAUUUCAAGCAGCAAAAAAAAACGAAGUUGCAAAGUAGAGUGAAAAUAGUCCUGUUGAAAAUGUCUUUUGAAAGGGAGAAUGGACGUUUUGACAAAUCUAAGUACUUGUAUCUGUGGUUUACCCUUUGAAGUUCAAAGUUGCAUACUUGCUGAUUCCUGGCUUUAAAAAAAUUUGUAUUUGUUGGAAACUGUUGCUUUUGUCCGAAGACUCAUAUUUUGCAUUAUGGCAAGAACCUUAACAGAGGAGAUGAUUUUAAUGUAUACUGGUUAAAUGCCAAUAGGUGGGCUGCACCUGCCACUCAGUUGUUGGGAAUGGAAUAAAUGUUUGCCCUCUUCAUGUUCAUGCCCUAUAAUGCAGCACCUUACUUGUCCCCCAUAAGAAUAUAUCACAACCAUCUGCCAAAUGGAUAGAAGUUAAGCAUAGCCUUCAGGCCUAUGCUACACAUAGGGCUAAACUUCCUUGUCCCUAGAGACGCCAACUAUUUAAAAACUGCAUAACCUUAUCCUGGCUUUUGCUUUUUUUGUCAUCUUAGAAUGUGAGCAAUAGGUUUUUAUAUGUACAUGUAUUUGCCUUUGAAUAAGUGAUUAAGAUCUAAUGUCUCUUUUGGAGCAUCUCUGAUAAUUGUACCUUUGCCUUUACAAUGAUUGCAUAGGAGGUGGAGGUGCUAUUUGCAUUGCCUUGCUACUUAUUCUUACUCAGAGCAAGUCCUAUCUAGUAUACAUGUUACACCUGGGGCCUUUUGAAUGCAAAAUAACAAUACAGUGGUACCUCGGGGUAUGAACUUAAUUCGUUCUGGAGGUCCGUUCUUAACCUGAAACCGUUCUUAACCUGAGGCGGGCUUUCACUAAUGGGGCCUGCUGCCGCUGUGUGAUUCCGUUCUCAUCCUGGGCAAAGUUCGCAACCCGGAGCAACUACUUCCAGGUUAGCAGAGUUUGUAACCCGAAGUGUUUGUAACCUGAGGUACCACUGUAUUAUAUUGAAAUGAAGUGUGGAAUUUUGGGGGUGGAAGGGGAGGGCACAGUAAAGCUGUGCAGCUGCAUAAGCAUAUCAUGUAUAACUCAACCAGCCACUGUCUCCGAGCUGGAGUUGUUUUCUACAGGAAUACCAAAAAUUAAUUUAGCAAAUGCAAUUGCCAUUUAAAACUCAGUGAUAGCAUGUGCCUCUGACUAUGGGAUUUACCUCUUUAUUAUUCACAAGUGCCCUGCUUCCUCUUGUUUUGUAUUUACAAAAAAGGUUGACAUUCUUGUGACGACUUAGCUAUAUUUUUCAGUAAAUGGCUUCCAACAAGGCUUGUUUGACCAAUUGCAGAUGCCUUUAGCUGCAUACCUUGAAGUGCCAUUAAUACAGUAGUAGGUAAUUGAUCAGAAUAAUAUGAACUGAGCACUUUGUAUUCCACUUAAGGUGCAGAAAGGCUUGAUAAUGGUCACUGGGAGCAUGAAAAUGGAUUGUUUUCAUUGGAUCUAAAUAAAUUCCUGUCUACAUGAUUUCAGUUUUAAGAUUGUGGUAAAUGUUUGGUACAAGCUGACAGCAAAAAUUUAACCAGCUAAAUCAUGCAAUGAGCAUUAUUUUUUGGAACUCAGAUACUUUCUAACUAAGCAUUGUGCCAAUGUAAAAUCAAAGUUAUUGCAUAGAAUAUGAUUUCUGUAUGCAUGACUCUCGUAAUCAAAACAAUAUUGGAUGCCAUGUUCUUACUUAAACUAGAAACUAGAUGGUAGCUAGCCACACGUGUGGAGCAUGGGUGCUUAAAUUUAUUUCCAUUUUUAAUGCACACAGAACUCAAGAUCAGUUCUUCAUCAUAUUAUAAACUGAGCUAGGCACAUGCUCCACAGCAAAUGUGCAUCAGUUAACCUAAUAAGAAUAUUGCAUUUUGAGGCAAUAUGUGCCACUGAAUAAAACUUGCAAAGUGGCAAUACUUCUUUAAAAAGGAAAAUAAUCAUUUUGUAAACUACAAGCAAUGCUAAGCUUAAUAUUGGAAUGCUGCUGAUUUCUAAAGAUGUUUCUGUGUCAUUCCUAAACAGCAGAGUCUGAAUUUUGUGCCCAUUACCCCCACACCUUUGCAUAUUUUAUCUAAUGCUCCGCAGAACUCAGGACAGCUUACUUCCCAAUGACGUGUGCAUAAAAUUGGCUGCACUCCUAUAUGUAUUUCGAAGUAAACUAUAUUGAGGUCAGUGGGGCUUGUUUCUGAAUAAACAGACAUACAAUCAGGCCAUUAAUUUCUAAUGGAAAUCAUUGUUUUAUUUCAUCCCAUCUUAUUUCAUGUGUACUAUGUGAUAAAAUGACUUAAAACAGUAGCUGUUUGAGUGUGCUAAACUUCAAGUAGAGUAAGGAUGGUGGGCCUUUGCUUCUGCAGAGAUUGCCGGACUACAACUGCCAUCUUCAUUGACUAUUGGCCAUUCUGGCUGGCACUGAUGGGAGUUGGAGUCCAGCAACAUCUGGGGGACCACAGGUUGUGAAUUAGUGUUGUGGCUCCUUAGAUUGCAAGAACUUCUAGGAAUUUGGUAAUUAAGACAUAAUACUUGUGAUCUUUUUUUAAAAUAAAAAUCAACAAAACCUAAAA